GUUGGAGGGCCCACUCACCUGGAAUGCAGGGGGUGGUUUUACGUAUUAUAACGCCCGUUCGUUGUGUAGAGGACCGCUCACCUGAGCGUGUGCCUAGCUGGCAGCGCCGCUCCAGCUUCACCCUCCCACACUUAGAGAAUUGCCAGACCUUUUUAUCCCCUCACUACCAAAGCUCUCAAGUCUUUAGGGGCGGCGCACGAGUCUCCUCAAACCCCUUAAACGUCCUCCCACGGGUCUCCGGCUCGCCGUCCGGUCUCCUCGUCCUGGUUUCUCUCUUUCCUGCUGCUUCAGGGGUCUCGGGGGGACCCGUGGGUGGGAUGCUCGGCUCUGCUCUGGGGCCCCAGCAUUGGAGAGAUGCCCCGCGGCAGAGGGGUUCCAGCCCCGGGUGGCGCGCGGCGGCCGGCGGCCCCGGGGCGGCUGUGGAGGAGGCUGCGGAGGAGGAUCCGGAGGAGGCUGCGGAGGAGGAGGGAGUUGGCGGCUCCGAGGCCCGGGCAGCCGGCCCCGUCCGCGGCGGGCGCUCGGCGGUCCUCCCUCGCUCGGCUCCUUUGCUCAUAUUUGGACUCGGCUGCCCGUGCCCAGGAAUUUCCCGUCAUGCCUCCCGCCGCCCCGUCCGUCGCCCGAGCCGGGAGGGAGGGAGGCGGAGGCUCGGCCAGCGGCGGCGGCGGCCCCGGCCCUCCAUGCGCCCGCGGCGGACCCUCCCGCGCCCCCUCUCGCUCCGCCUCGGCCUGGCUCUCGGCCUCGGCCUCUGCCUGGCCGCGGCGCGGGGAGCCGCGCACUCGGGGUCAUGUAGGGAUCAAAAGAGCUGUAAGGUGGUCUUUUCCCAGCAGGAACUGAGGAAGCGGCUCACACCCCUGCAGUACCAUGUCACUCAGGAGAAAGGGACGGAAAGUGCCUUCGAAGGAGAAUAUAUACAUCACAAAGAUCCUGGAAUCUAUAAAUGUGUUGUUUGUGGAACUCCAUUGUUCAAGUCAGAAACCAAAUUUGACUCCGGUUCAGCUCUUUUUGAAGAAGGUGAAAGUCAGGUUAUAGUGGAAAGCCAGAACCCUUGUGUGUUCCUGUUUGAAAGGUCCAGGGAAGUGAAGAUGAUCCUUUCUGACAUAUGGAAGCUGAGCAUGCCCAGAGGAGACUGGAGUCGAAGUCUGGAUAUGCUAUUUGGCAAGAUUCAUCCAGCAUGGGACAAUGGGACAAACGAAAGAUGUUGGCCUUCAUUCCAUGACGUGAUCAGUUCAGAUGCAAUCACAUUCACAGAUGACUUUUCCUACGGGAUGCACAGGGUGGAAACAAGCUGCUCCCAGUGCGGUGCUCACCUUGGGCACAUUUUUGAUGACGGCCCUCGUCCAACCGGCAAAAGAUACUGCAUCAACUCGGCUUCCCUGUCCUUCACACCUGCGGACGGCCUCGGCGCUGGGGGCAGCGGGGCGGGCAGCGAGGGCCGGGCGGACAAGGCGGAGCUGUAGAGGGCGGGCGGGCGGUGGACAAGUGUACUUAACGCACAGCUUAUUACAAAAUCAGAGUUGUCUAUUGUAGAUAUAUUUUUUCAAAAAGUAUAAGGGCAGUUUUGUGCUAUGGAUAUUUUUCUUCUUUUGCUUAAACAGAGGCCCUGACCAUCAAUGUAUUUUGCUAUUGAUUAGAUCUGGAAGUGUUUACAACUUUAGCGAACAGAGAGAGUUUUGCAAAACUUCUUCACAAGCCACUUAGGCACCAUUUGGGAUUAUUUUCUUUGAGCACAUAGCUUCUUUUAAGAUUUUUUUUUUCCCCUUGCUUAAGAGGCAGACGGUGCUUGGGCUUCACACUUGACAAUCAAGAUCUCCCAGGCGGGGCAGAGACCGGAGCUCGGAAGCACCGGGCACGCAGACCUGCGAGCCACAUGGCCCGGAGGCUGCACUGGCGCGGAUCUACCUAAGAUAAGGACGGGGUGAUGUCUUAGGAGACUUCUCAGCCCUGUGGAAAGUUUGAGCUAAGGUCGUUUAUUCUCUCUAAAAGGGUGUGAAGGCCUAAAGUCUUUCCUUAUGUUAAAUUGUUGCCAGACCUGAGGGGGCGCACUGCGCGGUAUGGCAGAGAAGUAAACAUUUACCUCAUGGUCAGGCCUUUCUUUUAUUUUAUUUUCCAUUGAAAACAUUGGAAUGUAAGACAACUGUAAAAUCUUGAGCCCCAUUUUGUCCACAGUUCACAAAGCACACCUGCCAUUGCCUUUCGCAAGUCCGUCCCCCUCGCACCUAAUACUAGCGGCAGCUGGAAGGGCAUUUGGGUGAAUUCCACUGUCUAAAAUAAAACAUCAGGGCAGCACGCUUCAUCAAGGCAGCAGAAAUAAGAGAGAGCAGAGAAGACCAAGGAGGGGGUCCUGGGUACUAAAAUACCAGGGCCGGGCGGCAGAGCUGCAAGAUACUGCAAGUGACAGACAGAGCCCCAAGCGAGGGACCUCGGCACAAGUUCAGGCGACCUCUGGAAGGAUGUUGGGGGUUAAAAUAGAAAUAGCCAGGAGCUCCAGUCCCACCCUUGACCCUAAUCUGCUGUGUGACAAGCCAUUUAGCCUCUCCAUGCCUGUUCUUCGUGUAUAAACUGGGACUUAGAAUCUUUGUAAAAUAAUUGACACUCUCAGGGCAAAAUUACUCCAUUGCUAUACAGUAAAGAUCAGUGUGGUAAAAUUAAACUGAUCUGGUUCUAAUUGCCUCAAAGGCUGAAGCCCAGGCAUUUGAAAUGGAAAGAAGCAGAGAGGGGGUUGACUUAGCUGAUUGGUAUGGAAACAGUUGGGCCAGGAGCCAGAAAGUUUUCUUUGUAGCAGUAUGGCUGGUUUUACUCUGAGAAGCUCUGCUUGCUUGCUGUAUAACAUUCAGUCUCGUGGAAUGGAUGUCAUUGUGCACAAUCCGGGUUUCACGGGUAUGACCGAUGGUGAUUUCAGUUGACAUUGCCAUAGCCAGGUGUGAAGGUGCAGCUUAUGACUGAUAUAGCUUGUGUUUGUAGCUUGAAUGGUAAUCCUGAAAUGUAGUUUAAAAAAAAUAUUGCUUUUGUUAAUCUUUGAGAGCUUAUGAAAACUGGCAUCUUUUCUUAUUAGCACCAAGACAAAAAUAAGAAAGAAGGACACUUGACAAUUUUAAAGAAAUAAUGAGAAAUGAACAUGAAAAGUGGUGACAAAUCCAAACGUCAACGUGGUCAUGUCCACAUUCUUCUGUGUCUCUACAAACGCUUCCUGGUGGAGCCUUGACAUUCCGGUGACUCUUCAUUGUCACAUAUGCUACAAUUUUGAGAUUCCAGAUCAGUUAUGUUGUUCUUCCCUCAGCUCCCAGGAUGUUCCACCUCAGCCCGGGGGUCCCUCUGAAAUUCGCAGGUUCUGCUCCCCUCUAGAAAUGAGACGUAAAAUUUAAGACCGUUGAAGCCUCAGCAUCGAGACCAUCCCAGCAGCCUUUCCUGACCUUGCAGAGGGAGCCCCAACAUUUCCUAGUAACCCAAGGAUCCCAUGUGGGGUCAACUAAAGAAGGGGGUGUCCCAGGAAUUCCUGUCACAGUGUGCAGUCUGUCCUUGAGGACACACACAGCACUUCUCACAUGCUCCAGCUGUGUAUGGUGGCCUGCCCCAGGGUCCGUUGGACACAAGCCACAGUGUUGGGGCAGACAAGGAAGAUAAAUGACGGGCUUCUUCCCUCUCCCCAGAGAUGCUGGGUUCUCAUCGUUCCUUCAUUUUUGUUGUAAGGCUUAACAUUUCCCUGAAAAAAACCCUUUUCUAAUCCUCACUCUUUGUUUCAAGCCGGUUUUUCUUCUAUCACAUUUUCCAGCAUCAACUUUAAGAAAAAUGCAACAUCCACUGAAAAAAAAGACAGUGAGUGUAUGCAUGUGGUUUAAUUCCAGGUUGCUUUUGAGGUUAAGUGGUAUCAAAUUUCAGUAUAUUUCUGUCUUAUGUUAAAGAAAUAUAUUACUAAAACGUCAGCGAGCAAUAAUGUCAGCUGUCGAGCACUAGAUUUAUUUUUGCAGGAUAUGGAGUGCAAUGAACUGAGUCAAUAUGGCGAGGUGUAUGUGGUCUGUGGGAGUGAUGCCAUUUACCGUAGGAAAUGCAUGGGACUUGCCCCUCUGUGCUCCAGCCUGACUGCCCCGUUAGGAGAUGCAGAUUUCUGCUGGUGUGUGGAAAGUCCGGCCAUACGGUCGUGAGAACGGAUCUGAAGAAAGCAGCAGUGUGUGUUGUUAGAGAACAUUUCUAUGUGUUUCAACUUUUCACUUCUUAGAUGCAUUUAAAUUUUUAAUGCAAAUGACACAGCAAUUUAAAAGCCGCUCCAUGAUCAUUGAAUUGAAAAUGUCUUGCUUUAAAUAUGGCAUAUGACGAAAGGGACUAUCGUUGGUUCUGAAGGUCAAAUAUUAUUUUUGCCUUAGACAGCUUUGUAAUAAUUUUUCUCCAAACAAGUCAAAACUUUUGAAAAAUGACAUGAAAUUUUCAUUAAAAAACCCUUUUCCUAUGAUUAUUGUAUACAGAAAUUAUGCAAUAAAAUUUCUUUAUAAAAAUCUUU